ACGUCACCUCCCUGCGCCGGAAGUGUGUUAGGUUGCGGGCGGGAGGCCGGCGGACCGCUAUGUGGGUUCCCUCGCUGGCGUGAGCGAUGCGCUGGCUGCUGCCGCUGUCCCACACAGUGACACUGGCCGUCGUGCGCGUGAGGCGAGGCAUCUGCGGGCUCGGGAUGUUCUAUGCGGUGAGGAGGGGCCGCAGGACCGGCGUCUUCCUGAGUUGGAGUGAGUGCAGAGCGCAGGUGGACCGGUUCCCUGCUGCCAGGUUUAAGAAAUUUGCCACAGAAGAUGAAGCUUGGGCCUUUGUCAGGAGCUCUCUGAGCCCAGAUGGUUCAAAAGGGCAGGAAACUGCACAUGUGCAGGAGUCACCGGUGAAGACCAGCAAGCGGCCUCGGGAGCCUCCGGGUGAAGGGGAAGAACAGCCAGAGCCAGGGGCAAAGCACACCAGACAGAGCACAGAGCUGGCUCCCUUAGUGAGCAAGGACACAUUUUCUUAUAUGGGAGAAUCCGUUGUUGUCUACACGGAUGGGUGCUGCUCUAGUAACGGGCGCAAGCGGGCCAGAGCAGGGAUUGGCGUUUACUGGGGACCCGGCCACCCCUUAAAUGUAGGUGUUAGACUUCCUGGGCGACAGACAAACCAGAGGGCCGAGAUCCAUGCAGCCUGCAAAGCCAUCAUGCAAGCCAGGGCUCAGAACAUCAGCAAGCUGGUUCUUUAUACAGACAGCAUGUUCACCAUCAAUGGGAUAACCAGUUGGAUUCAGGGCUGGAAGAAGAACGGCUGGAGAACCAGUACAGGGAAAGAUGUGAUCAACAAGGAGGACUUCAUGGAGCUGGACAAGCUCACCCAGGGCAUGGACAUCACGUGGAUGCACAUUCCUGGUCACUCCGGGUUUGCGGGCAAUGAGGAAGCUGACAGGCUGGCAAGGGAAGGCGCGAAGCAGUCUGAAGACUGAGCAAAGUCUUGCUGUACACUCAGACUCGAGGCAGUGGCUGCUUCUUUACCCUGAUGUGCAGUGAGGACACAGCAUGGAGGACUUGACCGUGACCUGUGGCCAGCUUGAUGAGACGUGCUUGAAUAACGGAAGGGAAGGCUGAACUUAACCUCCUGUGAAAGUUCAGUCAUUGGGCCUUCUGAGAGGGUCUGACAUUCCUAUCUGACUUGUUGCAGUCUGGCCCAACAUGCUCCAGCUUGAUUUCAGAGGAAUCCGUGAGACUCUGGUCAGUAGCUGUGGUCUAAAGGUUCCAGAAUGUUCAUUUUCCUUCCAAUGUGCAGAAGUAGAAGCCUCCUGCCUGUGCAGGCGCCCUGUGCCUCUGUCUGCAUCAGAGAUGGUGUGACCAUGAGGGACCCGGGGCUGGUGUUGGGGCAGGCAGAGCCUGCACAUACGUGACCUUGGCUCCUGGACCACCUUGUAGGAACAGCCAAGAACUUUAAAAACCAAGAUACAUGAAUAUAUUGCUAAUGGAUUUCUUUGGCUAUUUUUCCUAAAAAUACUAUAUAAAUUUAAAACAUGUUUGAAAUCAUCCUUAUUUAUUUUUAUAAUAAAAAUAUGCAUGAAUGACACAACAUACAUCUAGUUUAUUGAGUUACUGUUAAAAGUAACUGUCCUUUACUAUCUAAAACUAGAAAUUAGGAAAAUCACUCUCGAGAAAUGGGCUGGUAAGAUUGUCCUCAGGCAAACCCUCACAGCCCUUAAGCAGUGGAACGUGGUGCAGCCUUGCUCUAGAGAAGACAGGAAAGACAGGCGCUGGGACAGUGCUGCCAACCUGAGCUGACUCCGCUCCUUACACUGGGAAGCUGGGCCGUCCGCUGAGAACCAGUGCCAGCCACAGUUCACGCGCCCUCCAGCUUGCUCUGCAGGCUGUCGCUGUGACAGCUACCCAUGUGGAGAUAGUGUCUCAGAUGUCACAGCAGGCCUCUGAAAGUGCUCAAGAAGUACACGUGUGUCUCUGGGACAGCGGGGUGGUUGGCCUGGUGUCCAUCUCUGCUGACUUGGCAAGUGAUCUGUGUAGUAAGGCCAGCUCAGAGUCCUACAUGAGGGCGGGGAGUGGGUAACAGUGCACACGUCCUAAACGUGAGGACCUGACCUGAGUUCAGAACCCCAGCUCCUGUACCACGUAACAAGAUGGGCAUGGCCGAAGCAUGCUUGGACCCCUAGCACUGAGGGGUUACGGCUGGAGGGGUGCUGAAGCUUGCAGGACAUCCAGCCUGGCCAAAAAUCUGGGCUCCAGGUUCAGUGGUGAGAGCCAAUCUCGAGGGAACAGGACACCCAGUAUCUUGUGUCUUCUCUUACACUUGCACACAUGUGCAUAAACACAAAGUCCUAUAUUAGAACCAAGUGUGGUGGGCACACACCUGUUAUUUCAGGGUUUGGGAGGCAGAGGCAAGGAGGGUCAGGAGUUCAAGGUCAGCUUAGGCUCUGUAGCAAGUUUACCAUAUCCUAAAACAAAAACAAAAGCUCCUAGCAUUGUUUUC